AUGAGAAUCUGGCCAGGCCGUCUGUACGCCGGAGCUGAUCAGUACACGAAUAUGCGCGUGUCGACCCUCGCAAACGCGGGCGACCCCGAUCAGACACAAGUCCCCGACCCAGCGGUCGCCCCUCAAACCAAGAUUCAGCUUCCGGGAAGUGGCAGUUUGGACCAGAACUGGCUUUCCCGGGACCAAGUCCUCGCCGCAGCAUCAUUCGUAGAUAUCCAAGUGCCUGAUGCUAUGACCAACCCUACUUACAUCUGGGCCAACUUCAAGAACGACUCGUUUUGCUUCGCCCCCAGCAGAGGAAGUCCGGAUUUCCUCCAAUACCUUCAGGAUGUCUACCUCUGCUCUGUAUCGAACAUACGGGAUUGUCUUAUUAAACUUACUCCAAGUGACCGUCAGUAUACUACCCAGGCUAGGUGGUUUCGUUUUUAA